UCAAAAUGCAGGAAAAGAUAGGUUUGAAGUGAAGAACUAUAUUUUUGUGACCGAAGUUUUCCUCCUUGCUUCAUACCGGAAAGAGACAAAAAAUGUUGUCAUCUUAAAAGUUCGUUUUGCUCAUUGUUUGAGUAUUCAUUUUACGAAACAAUCGGUUUUUUUUUGGUCAUGUGUUGGCAUUCCAUCAAUCUUGCCGAAGGUGUUUUAAGUACUUUCUGAAGUGUGUUAGAGGUAGUGCAUAGCUAUGGUGAAACUAAAUCAGCCUAUUUCGGUUUGCAAAGUUGCAAACUGAAAUACUUCACCCUCAAAAUUCUUGCUCAAAAUUAUACGCGGUCCUACCUACUCCGCCAUCGCAAAAAUUAUCGAUGUAAGAUUCUUUCAAAACUGACUGAUGAACAUUUCUGAAAAGAAUGGAAUAAUAACUGGAAUUUUGGUAACGGUUUACUCAAGCUUCCUUCCUGUCCAUCGAUAUGCUCAGUGUUUUCAGAAGAAUGUCAAUCCUUGAAAAAGCCAAUACUUCAACGGUUGUCGGAAUCUUUCUGGGUUCCUUACAUGGAUUUUUUGAGUAGGAUGUACUCGCACACAUAAGUUCACUAUUUUACCAAUAUCUCCUCUCGUUUUGUGAAACCAUGAGAACCGAAAAUGCGACGACGAAGAACUUGCUGGAGUGGCUCAACCAAAGAGCAGAUCUUGCCAAAAAUAGUACCAGAAUAAGAAUGAGAAAAAUCGUCUUUCUGACAGUAUUUAUUAUAAUCAUUUUGAUUUAUUACUUUGGAGCUUUAGAGUACAUAAAGGGUUUGACACUGAAGCGGAAAAUUCCUGACGGGGUAAAUCAUCCGAAAGCACCUUUUUGUUACAACGUGCCUCAAGAAAAAUAUGACCCUGAGAUUCCAACCCUACCGGGCCACAAAGUGACUCCUAACAGUAUUUUCUUCUUGGACACGUCAUGCAGCCAUGGAUAUGGCGUCAAUUUGUCAUUAAGACAGGCUUGCGCUUAUGAGUCGGCCGCCAGAGCUCAUCCACAAUCUCAGGUAUUGGUUUUGUUCUCGUCUCCAAUCUCGCUCGACGAACCGUCGCCUGUCGUCACUGUGUUGCUAACGUACGAGAAUCUGAAAUUUGUUCGAAUCCUGGAGGGAAACUUCUUCAAUCGCACUCCCUUGGAAACAUUUCGAUUUUAUGAGAAAAUAGCAGGAAGUUCCUUUCCGGAAUCACACGCCAGUGAUAUCCUCCGGCUCGCGAUCUUAUGGAAGUACGGCGGAACGUACCUGGAUUCUGAUAUCAUCGUAUGCAGGCGGCUAAAUGGAAUGAAAAACUUUGCAGGGGCAGAAUCUGAUAAAUUGAUCAAUGGUGCUGUUUUGAACUUCGAUACGACAAGAAAAAGUAAAUCAAUCAUUGAGGAAAUGUUGAAAAAAAUUCAAGAAAACUUUCAACCAACUUUAUGGACUAAAAAUGGACCGGAAGUGUUGACUGAUGUCCUCUCGAGGUUAUGCAAUGAAACUGACUUGACGAAAAUCAGCCGUGCUCGGUGCGGGGGCUUCAGCGUGUUUCCACCUCCUCCACGGUCGCCGUUCUACCCGAUCGCGUACUGGGAUUGGAGAGCACUCUUCAAGGAACACUCCGAUCCCUCGUUCGUCAAGUACCUGGCGACUCGCUCCACGGUUCACUUCUGGAACAUGAUGAGCAAGAGCUCUCCGGUGGACGUUCAUUCCAAAAUGCCCUUCAACCUCCUCGCAGCCGAGUUCUGCCCGAGGGUUCACUCAAUUGCCACCGACCACUUUUAGGUCUCGAUAGACGGUUAAAUUCCGAACCAAUUCCGAUCAAAGUACACUAGUUGGACGUAUUUCUGUCAAACGGAAUUAAGCGCCAAUUUGAAUUCUUUGUGAGUAAAUUAGAAUGCCGGAUAGCGUGUUCUGUCAAACGGAACUAAGCGCCAUGGAAAAGCAUUGCGAGUAUAGGACGGAAUGAGCCCGACGCCCGAUUCCGCCGCCAUUCCAAGCCCCCCUCUCCCUUCCUCCCCCGACAGGCCCACUAAAAGGGGGGUAUACUGGGUCCCUGGUGCCGGGGCCCGGGCCCCGGAUGGGGCCCGUGCUGCCCGU